GUCGUCAACACGGACCGGCAUAUUUCGUCGUCUCCCAUGACAAUGCAGCACGCUGAGAUAUAAGACAGCGUGCGUCGCUGGGCCGGCUCAACAUCCCCAGCCGAAACCCCAGUGCACCAUGAUCGCCACGAACAAGCCCCAGUUCCUCGUCGACCUCGAGCGCGACGGCUUCGUCGUCGUCCCUGGUGUCAUUCCGAAAGAAGAGUGUGCCGCUUUCCGCGAGAGCGCGCUCCAAUGGCUCGAGAGCUUCCCGCACGGUUUUGUGCGCGACGACAGGAGUACGUGGACGGAGGAGCAUUUGCCGUAUGGUCCUACUGGAGGCCUGUACAACCGCUACUCGGUCAACCACGAGGACUUUGUGUGGCGCAUCCGCACGCAGCCCGGCAUCCUGGACACGUUCGCCGCCAUCUGGGGCACGGACGACCUGAUCGCCUCGUUCGACGGCAUGAACACGACGAUGCCGAUCAACGCCGACACGGGCCGCACAGAUAUCGCGCCGACGCCGGCGUGGCCGCACAUCGACCAGAACCCGCGCCGCAUCGACCGCUUCGAGCUGUAUCAGGGCAUAGCGAAUCUCGCGCCGAACGGGCCGGACGACGGCGGCCUCUGCGUCCUCCGCGGCUCGCACAAGCUGCACGAAGCGCACUUUGCCGCCAUCGGCGGCUUCCGCCCCGCAGCCGACCUCGGGCCCACCGAGAACAGCUACCGCUACCCGCCGCACGACUUUGAGUGGUACACCGCCCACGGCGCCGAGGUCGUCAAGGUGUGUGCGGGCGAAGGCGACCUUAUUUUGUGGGACUCGCGUACCGUGCACUGGAACGCGAGCCCCACGGGCACCCAGACCCGCUUCGUUAGCUACGUGUGCUACUGCCCCCGCAGCCAUAUGAGCGAGGACGAGCUGCGCACAAAGCUCGAAAUCUUCCGCAACCGCGAGGGCACGACGCACUGGCCAUUCAUGAAUGUCGUGCCGGCGCGUCGCAAGGUCGGCGGCGUGCCGACGCGCCCGGACGGCACGCCCGAUCCCGCAAACCGCAAGCGCCCGUUCCGUGACGUCAAGGAGACGCCGGAGGUUAUGCGUCUUGUGGGUGUGCGUGUGUAGGUCAUGCAGGCAUGGUAGUAAUUGGAGUGCAAGUACGAUUCAGAUGGCGCAAAUGUACAGUUGAGGUAGUAGGGAUGAAACUUGAG